GUAUUGGUUCUAAGCAAGCUGUCUGAUCUCAAAGAUAAGUCAUUAAAGCGAAUUGGACAAUAUGAAGAAUCACUUGCUUUUAUUAUUGUUAGCAGUAUAUUGUUCCUCAGCCAAAACAACGAAAAGUCCAGAGUGCUUCAGAAGUGGAAGUGAUGGGAUAAGAACAUUCUGUUGUAACAACCACGAAUUGAAGAACGGACGAUGUGUUGAAUGCACAGCCGGUUACAUGUCGUCGGGAUACGGUAAACCUUGUGAGCCUUGUCGAAGUAACCGAUUCGGCCCUAAAUGUGGUUAUGGAUGCAAUUGUUCACCAAGUCAAAGAUGUGACCCAGUUAUGGGAUGCGUGGUUGAUGAAGAAAUAGAGUUGGACAUUUUUGUCGAAUUGGAAGAUGAUAGCAGUGACGGACACAAUAAUCAAAACAGAACCGAAAAGAUAACAACAACUGCAGAUAAGCUUACUGAUACAUCAACUUCUGACCCCGUUAAGUACGAUGGACAAAAUCGGACGCUGUUUUUAGAAUAUACCAAUAGUACAGGCAGAUAA